AUGUUUGCUUUAAUAUUUUUCGCUAUUACAUUUGGUUUUAUUAUUAAUUUCAUUCGUAAAUUUAAUAAAAAACCUGAAGGUCUUGAGAAUAUUCCAUAUAUUUCAUUUAUUUCUUUAUUAAAAAUAUUGUGGGCUUAUUUCCAACAAAAAAAUUACGAUGAAGUUGAAGAUUUAGUUCAAGAACUUAUAGGAGGUCAUCAUGAUAUUUAUUUGAGUCAGUUCGGCAUUGUUCUCAACAAUCCUGAAUACGCUAAAAUUUUAUUAACUGAAUCAGAGGAUGUUGCUAUCAAGUACUAUUCAAAAACUGAUAAUGUUUUUUUUGAUAAAUUUUUCGGAUGUGGUUUAUCAUUAACUAAUGGAGACAAAUGGAGAUCUACUAGAAAAUUAGCGGAUUCUGCAUUAAAUCUUGCUUCACAUCAAUAUCCAGAGGUUGUUGGUGAAAUUACAAUGGAUCUUUUUACUUUCAUGAACCCAAAUUUAAAUCGACCAAUUAAUAUAAUCGAAUCUAUGCGACGUAUUUCAAUUGAAGCAUUGGGAAAAUUUGCCUUUGGAUAUAAGUUUGGGUGUUUAGAGUCUCAAGAAGUUCCUCGUCUCAUAAGUGUUUAUGACUAUAUUGUUUCAGUUCUUGGAUCUCCUUUCCGUCUUGUAUUUCCAUGGAUAAGUGAAUUACCUUUAGAAUCUAACAAAAAAUACUUGGAUGCUAUUAAAGAAUUUGAUGGAUUCAUUAAUGAUAUUAUAGAGACGAAAAGAAAUGAGAUGAAGAAAGAUUCUUAUAAUGCCACUACAACGGCAUUGAGUGUUUCGCUUUAUUUUCUUGCAAAAUAUCCAGAAAUGCAAGAAAAAGCACGAGCAGAAGUAAUCCGUAUUCUUGGUAACGAACCAAUUAUACCAAGUUUAGAUCAAUUAAAGGAAUUGAAAUAUGUCAAUGCAAUUAUUAAAGAAACUUUACGAACCCAUCCACCGACACCAAUAUUAACUGUUAGAAGAUUAAAGAAGCCAAUUAAGGUUGGCUCCUACAUUUUACCAAUAAACUCUACAUGUAUGAUAAAUACUUGGAAAAUUCAUCGUGAUCCAAAAUAUUGGGAAAAUCCUAAUCAAUACAACCCUGAAAGAUUCUUAUCAAGUGACGAAAAAAGAGACAAAUUUGCUUGGAUUCCUUUUUCUGCUGGUCCAAGAAAUUGUGUCGGACAAAAUCUCACUUUAUUACAACAAAGAGUUGUUCUUUCAAUGUUCCAUUUACAUGGUGCUUUUGUAGACCAUACAGUUGGAUUAACAGCAGAAAAAAUAUUUGAUAUGUAG